AUGAAAAUCUCACAAGGUGGGUUCAACUUUCCUGAACUUUUUGUGAUGGAAAUCUCACCGUUUCUUAUCCUGUUAUGUUGUAACAGACAACCAUUCUUUGAAUUCGUAGCGUCACGUUUAUCAGUUAUAUGCUAUAUUAUUCAUAUUUUCCCGUUCUUUAUUUCCUUCCAUUUUGUGCGGUUCUCGUUGCACAGGUUUUGGUGUUAUUUUCCCUUUGUCAGGGCCGUUUCGCCAGCAGACGUAUGCUGCGGAUCGUCUGCAUUCGAUGGAGGUCGCCAACAGAUUUGUUGUUUGUUAUUGAUAAACUCUUACCACUUAUUUUCGGUGUUCGAUAGAAGUCAAGCAGAUUCAUGUUGUGCUUACAACAAUGGCACAAGCGUCGAAUAUCUAUCACGAACGCAUUUCUGUUGUAAUGGUGCCGUUCCGAAAGGAGCCGGACGCGGUUGUUGUUAUUUACGAGUGAACGAAACGCUGUCAGCCGAAUCAUACAACAUCAAAACCGAAUGUUGUCGGUAUCCAUACGAUGCUAUUUAUCCGAAACUGAAAGGUAGCUGUGUUGAUAUAUCGUAG